UAGGGUUCCAAAGGGAGAAAAGAAAAGAAAGAGAGAAGAAAUGGUGUGGCACGAUUCUGAUUCAGAUUCAGAUUCCAGCUGCCGCGAUCAUCACACCACUGCUGCCGAUCGAGCGCGGAAGGAUUACUACAAGAUCUUGGGAGUGGACUGCGAUGCUUCCACUGACUCGAUUCGAAUCAGCUACUUGCGGCUCGCUUUGAAAUGGCAUCCAGACAAGCACCAAGGACAGGAUUCCGCGGCGACACUCAAGUUCCAGGAGAUCAACGAAGCGUACACCGUGUUGAGUGACCCGGCCAAGAGACGAGACUAUGAUAUGAGAGCCGAUUUCAACGUCCAGGAGUACAGCAUCAUAGAGUAUCUAAAUCGAUUCAAAGGCUUGAUUCUUACGUGCAAUGGUCUUGGAAUUGGCGACCUCUCCGAGUGGUGAUUACUCUCUUUUUUCUGGUUCUUUUCAUUUCUAGAUUAAUUUACAAGGAUGGAGCAAUUGCUGCGACUCGGCUAUGAGGAAGUUGUGAAUAUGUACAAUCAAUGAAAAGGAAAUAAGUUUUAAGGGCUCUUCAAAAAA